UCUGAACCAGGAAGUACUUUUGUAUGCUCUCGCUAACUAGCCGUGGUUAGCACAGUGAAGUGAAAGUGUGCGGCAGCAAAGUUUGUCUCAGUUGUAUUUUUGAGUCCAGCUUCCGUCCGUAUGUAAUAAACACAUGCCAGGUAACGUCGUGGUUAGCAGGCAGUCCUGUCGCUUGUAGGAGAGGAGUGAAAAUUGUGUGCCAUGAAAAUUAUUUUCUUACCACUGUCUGAUAGGCCACGAUAGGCUUGAUAGGCAAGGUAUGCAGGGGUUAUGGAAGGUCUAAUGAAUUCUGCCGAAGAGCAGCAACCCUCCUCUCCUCUGGCCAACGCAUGGGCCAAAAAACAGGAAUCAAGCAAGAUUCAAAAGCCAAAACUUGUUGGUGGAUUUGUUUUAGUGCAUGCAGGAGCCGGAUACCAUUCUGAAUCUAAGGCCAAGGAGUACAAGCAUGUGUGCAAAAGAGCCUGCCAGCGAGCUGUGGACCGGCUGAAAGCUGGUGCACUUGCAGUGGAAGCAGUGGCUGCAGCACUGGUUGAACUUGAGGACUCUCCUUUUACAAACGCUGGCAUGGGCUCCAACCUUAAUUUGUCGGGAGAAAUUGAAUGUGAUGCGAGUAUCAUGGAUGGGAAGUCGCUCCAUUAUGGCGCCGUAGGGGCUAUUGGUGGUAUUAAGAACCCAGUCUUAGUUGCAAACCGUCUACUGAGUGAAGCACAGAAAGGGAAACUAUCAGCUGGCAGAAUACCACCCUGCUUUUUAGUAGGGCGAGGAGCACAUGAUUGGGCAGUCAGCCAUGGAAUACCGCCAUGCCCUUCAGAGAAAAUGGCCACCAAGUUCAGUUUAUCUGCGUACAAGAGGAACAAGCGAAAGAUGGAGAUGGCAGAAAAGAUGGACACAGGACAUAAUCAGACAAAGAAAAGACGACAAUCAAGUGAAAAUGAAAAUGGUUCAGGGUGCCUCGAUACAGUGGGAGCCAUUGUGGUAGACCUGGAAGGGAACGUAGCUGCAGCAGUGUCCAGUGGAGGCCUGGCCAUGAAACAUCCCGGCAGGGUUGGCCAGGCUGCUCAUUAUGGAUGUGGCUGCUGGGCUGAAAAUGCCUGUAAUAUGAACCCUUACUCUACAGCAGUGAGUACCUCAGGCUGUGGAGAGCAUCUGAUUCGCACCAUGCUGGCACGAGAAUGCUCUGCUGCCAUGCAGUCUGAAGAUGCCCACCAAGCGCUGCUGGAGGCUAUGCAAAACAAGUUCAUCAGCUCACCCUUUCUGGCCAGCGAAGAUCGUGUUUUGGGUGGAGUAAUUGUCUUGCGCUGCUGCAGAUGUGUGGAAGCUCCGCCAUCUCAAAAUAUUCAGGGUAUACUGGUGGAGUUCCUAUGGAGUCACACCACAGAGAGCAUGUGUGUUGGCUACAUGUCUGCCCAAGAUAGCAAAGCAAAGACCCACAUAUCCAGAUUACCACCUGGGACUGUUCCUGGACAGUGUUUGGCCAUUGAGGGAGGCGUGUGUCGGCUGGUGAGCGUAGUGGAGUGAGCCGCGUUCUUCCUCCUACUGGGCUUCUUCAGCAAUAUUCCAAGACUAACUUUUCCACACACAUACACACACACAUACACAUACACACACACACAUACACACACACAUACACAUACACAUACACACACACACACACACACACACACACACAUACACAUACACAUACACAUACACAUACACAUACACAUACACACAUACACAUACACAUACACACACACACACAGCCUUCACUUUCCCCCCAUCUUCGUGAUGGCAGAAGUAAUAAGCUUUAGCUGUUUUAACAGGUGCCCAGGUAGGAGGGAGGGAUGUUAGCUUCUACUUAGUGCACUUAAAGUACUUCCCUUUGCCCCUGUCUGCCUCCAGCAUGUACUCUAUGCCAACCCCCCCAAGUUCUCCAGUAUCACCUGGAUUAGACUUGAUGCACCAUUGCCUUGAUGCACCAUUUUUCUUUAUUACUCUUUUCCAACUAAAAGUGGCAUCCUUCCUUUUGUAAAUAAGCUAUGAUUUAGGAAAACAGGGUGAAUGUUCAUGUUGUUUUGUAUUGCUGAACAGAUUGUGUGACUAUUUUCAGACGUUUAGGAAUUUCAAAUGCAAGACCUUAUUUUGUUCUUAAAAUACUUUUCAAGGUUAAAAAAAGAUGUCAUAUUGCACCUUGUGGAAUGCCUGCUACUCAAGAAAAUUGUUAUGAAUGAAGCAUUUGUAGUUGUGAGAGCUGAACAGUGAUGAUAAAAGCUAUUUACAAUGUUAACACGUACAAAUUAACUUCCAUGUACUCGUACACACACACAUUAUGUUAUUAAUCCUUCAGCAUACUGUAUAACGUAGCAUAACGUGCAUCUUAGAUCAUGAUGAAUUUUAUAACCAUUUCAGAAUAGAAUGCUUUGCUUUGAUUGUUUUAAAAUGUGAAUACAUAGCUAUUGCAUGUACAAAAUCUACAUUAAGCCACUUUCUAUUCUCUGACAGGUGUAGAGUUGAUCAAGAAGCAGGAAGCUAUGCACUUCCAGAGUAAUGCUGAUACAUACAUAUAGUGCUCAGGUAGCAGCAUUUGACCCCACCGCCAAACAUGACUGUUAGUCCUCAUUAAAAAAAAAAAAUAAAUCACAAUUUAUAUUUAUAUAGUCACAUUGACAGAGACAUGUAUUUUCUUGCUAAAAAAAGGAGAGCUAAAACUCAUUUGUAUGCAUCAAGCCCAGAAAUUGUGCUGUUGAAAAGUGUACUUGAAGGGAGCAAUGGUCUAAAUUGAUACUUCUGUUGGGAUAAUUAGUUUCCCCGGUUUUGCUGUUUCACUCAGUUACUACUAAGAAUUCCAAUCUCAACAAAACCACAAUGGAGCUUGUGUAUUCUUUACUUGAAAAUGCAACAAAUAUAAAAUGAUAUAAGCUAUUUAAAUUGUACUAUGUGCACAGCUCUUUACACUGCUCAAAAAGUUAAUAAAAUCUAUGUUGCUACAUUUCAGCAUCUAUCUUUAGUCUAAACUCCAUGACAUGAGACACAUUCUUCCAACUGAGCCUUUUCCAAAAAAGAUGUGCAUUGCUCUUAGGAAAGCAGUUUGUGUAAGCCCAAACAGACAGCAUAAAUAUAAUCUGAACUGUGGACUGCCAAAAAUGUAUAGUCUGGGAAUAAAUUACAUGCUGGGCAGUAACUGGAGUGGGAUAAAAAAGAAUUCUGCAGAAGGACUUGUCAACAUGCUGAAACAUUUUAGCAUGAGAGAGGAAAUAUUGAAGUCUGUGUUUGUUGAGGAACCUCAGUGACAGUAAAAUGUGUGCAGUGUGUGUCCCCCCCCCACCCCAUCCACCCACCCCAACACACAAACACACACACAAUAUGUUUCUUUCCCGAGACACCACAGUUUUUUUGACAUUUCAGCUUUUUUGUCACAUUGAAAAAGAGUGGAUUAUGUAAGCGAUAUUUUACAUUCUCCAGUAUUUUGUGUUGAUUUGAUUCCUCUUAAAUAUGCUUUUGAAGGCUCUUAUUGGAGAGGGCAGUUAUUUAUAUCAGCAGUCUAACAACAGUCUCUAGGGCAAGAGUUUGUCCAGCUGCUGGCUCUGGAUCGUGGCCACUCUAGUGUCUGUGAGGAAUGUGCAAUAGAGAUGUUCAUGAAGAUAAAUAUAUUCACCGUUUGAAGAGCGAGAGGCCUGCCUGUCAGUGCAUCAUGUCUCGUUGUGGAAUAGGAUCACAUAUAAUGAUAUCCAGCCGGUUCGCCUCUCAGGUGUAAGAUGUCACUGUCUUUUGACAUCACUAAUGCGCAGAAUGUAUUUGACAGGUCAGAAGGACCAGCAGAGGGUUGUUGGGGAGGUGCGAUGCAGGUUUGUUUUUGUUCCACAGUUCUCCUGACCCCUGUUUGAUCCUGAGGGUCCAUCUAAAAGGAGAUGUAGGUUACCUUGCCCCUCACCCACACUCACACCAUUCUCUAUUAGCUUGAUCGCGUGUUAUUAUACAGCAUACUCUUUUCAUCAGAGCUAAUCUGUGUUGCUGGGAGACCCUCUUCCCCACUCAGCACAGAACCUUCCCCUUCAAACAUCAUCCCUCUCUGUUCGGGAUCCCCUUAGCUUUGAAAAAGGAUCCAGGGUCUUUAAAGAGUGGACGGGGUCCUGAGCCAUUCAAGGUGUAUCCAAUGCCUUGUGCUCAGCAAGGCUCUUAAAUGCAAAACAGACGGUGGAGCAAAUAAAGAUCAAAGGCACCAGCUUUGCCCGCCUGGCCUGCUGUCCUCACAUGCCAGGCGGUGUUGUCACAGUGAAUCACGGCUGUGCAGCUUCCGUGCUCAUGCUGACCCCCGUCCUUCACCACCUAAGGGCCACCAACACCCUAAACACUGCUACAGCCCCUCUGCGCCCGUUUCUAACGUCAACACUCACACACACACAGGGUUAAAACCAGAUGUGUAUGUAGCUGUCCUUCAGACCAAGCCAGAAUUGUCCCUGAGGAAUCAGAAGAGCCACUCACCUUGAUGCACGUGAGGAUCCCAUCUUAUCGGGUUCACAAUGAGAGGACUGAACAGUUGGGCAUUUCAGUAGUAUCUGAUUUAGUGACUUGUUUCAUUGUGCCUUCGUUUGGCUGUAUUUCUCCUAAUGAAGUCAUUGAUCUUGUGUCUGUGUGGGUGGUGACUCAAAUGGGAUAUUAUUUGUCUAUGCAAUAAUCCGCUGGAUGCUAAAUAAAGUCUGCCUCUUGAAAAGACCAA